GAUGCGUUGCGACCAUCGCGUUUAUUAGUGACAUUUUCGUCCGUGUUUACUGUUGCUUUUAAACGUAUGCGUGUGUAUGUGAUUUCCGUCGCCGAUUUAUGACCGGAAAGUGCAGCGACAAAAGCAAAGACAGUGCAAAGGCAUAACUGUAAAACAAUGUUGUUAAAGCAAAUAAGCAUAAAAGUUGCAUGAAAUAAAUAAUAUUAUUGCACUAUUUAUUAACUAGGAGUGUGUUUUGCGAUAAAAAUCAUAAUUAACAUUUGAAAUUGAAAUGGAUAUACCGAACACUGGCGCCAUUUUUACGCUCGGCAAAUCGUAUUUGGCUGAGAACACGCAGAGUUAUUUCUACAUCAAAAAUGAUUCGGUGAAACGUCUGAUAUCUGGACCGCAUCAAAGUGCGGUCAUUUGUGAAAGUGGGCGAUUAUUUGUUUGGGGUGAAAAUCACUACGGUCAGUUGGGUAUUGGCAGUACAUCAAGCCAAACCAGCAACAGCAACCACAACAACAAUAAUAAUAAAAACCACAAUAGCACUAGUCAUGGCGAUAUAAUAACGAAGCCAACAUGUGUGAAAUCACUGAAAACACUGGGUUUGAAAAUAGCCGAUGUCGCUUUCGGUAACGAUUGGUCCAUAAUACUCACACAUUCAAAUGAACUCUUCUACACGGGCCGCAAUAUUUUUCCAAGCGAUGCGAAUGUGGCGCGCAAUUUCAGUGCGGCCACCGUGGCGGAUGAGCAAUGUCAAAUUAUACGCAAGCCAUUUCGAAUUGAAGUUCUGGACGAUUGUCUAACAAAGAAUGAGGAUGCAGAGUGCUACACGCAUGUCUUAGCGGGUGAUGAACACUUUGUGCUGAUGACCAGUUUUGGCCGCCUUAUUGGCUGGGGUUCGAAUCAAAAUUACCAGCUUGGUAUGCCCGCAGGUCACACAGCUGAGAAGCCGUAUGAAAUAGAUCUCGGCGCACCUGUGCAGCAAUUUGUUUGCGGACCCGAAUCGACGCUGGUGCUCACCACUACUGGCAAGCUUUAUUUUACCGGUCAUCUAAAUGACUUUGUAUUCUCACAAUUUACCGAACUGCAACAAAAUCUCGGACCAACGGAACAAAUUAUAUUCAUGCACAUUUCGAAAACGAAUGAUAUAUUUAUUGUGACCAAUGCCGGGAGCAUUUAUCGCAGUAUCGAGUCGGUGCGUACGAAAAGUCUAAUAUUUCAACGUUUCUACGACUAUGAUAGCGAAGAGAAUGGACCAAUUUGGAAACUGCUGAAGGGUUUUUCCUUUUAUGCCGUGUUAACGAAAGCAAAUAAAUUCUAUACGACAUUCUCUGAGAGCGGUCAUCAUUUGAAGACGUUUCGUGAGAUUUCGAAAUUCAAAAAUUUACGCUUGCUCGAUGUUGCGGUGGGUAAUAAGCAUAUACUGGUGCAUGGCAUACCGCGUACAUCGACGCUCUCAGCAAGCGUGGGCGGCAGCGCUGAACCGCAUCGUUUUGCGAGUCGAACCUUUGUAAUGCCGCCGACUUUGGUGAAUGGAACGGGUGCUAAAAGCUGGAGUCGGGUGGACAGUGCAACAAAAGUUGACAGUAAAGAUAGCGGCAAUGUUGGGCCAGAUGUCAUGAAGUUGGCGGAUGUAAAGAGUAAUGUGAUGGCAAACGGGGCAAUUAAUGAGCCGACUGAAGUAGUUGAGAAAAAUACAGAAAUCAAAACAGUUGCUGACGAAAAUAAUGGAAACGCAAGUGAAACGCAGUCGGAAGCCACUAAAGCGACAAACGGUGGUAGUACAAUAAGAACAGGUGAACAAAAAACACAAGAAAAGGAACAGAGAUACGCUGAGGAAAAUGUUGAGGUGAAAGAUGUUACGGAAAACAAUGGCAACGUUGCAAAACCAACGGAAACUAACGGCAAUCUAGAGAUGAGCGAUAGUGAACCGGCUAAGGAAAUUAAACAUGUAAUAGCUGCCACAGCUGCUUUGGUGCAUAAUGAGGCAAAAUCACCGACGAACUCGAUCAAAUCUAUCAGAUCUAUAAAAUCGGCACAUUCCGUUAAAUUUUCGCCAACAGCGUUAAGCAAAAAGGCUUCUCCAGCCAACGAUAAGCUGUUACGGCCACACACGCCUUACCCGGACAGCAGCACAACUGGGAGUACACCAACAACUAUCAAAAAGACAACACCGCUACGCAAUUUCUCUUAUGAAGCGGCAAUGGAUCAUGACCACAUCGAUAGCACAUCGCCUGUGCUGAUGGAUAGUUUGGAAAAUAUAUCCGAAAGUACCGAAAGCGAAAGGGAGCAUAAGAAUGCACUGGCUACAACAGCAACACUGCCGUUUGAGGAGGACGAGCAAUUGACAGUGGAGAUCAACACAACAACCGAUCCGCUAAAUAGUACAAUCGUUGUAAAUGAAAUACGUUUCAUAAAUAAUGGCGUAGAUGUGACUGACAAUGUUAAGGCAGCAUCACUUGAACGAGAGGAUACCGAGAGCACACUCGACUCGUUAGAAGAGCAAGCGGAGGGCAUUGCCAGUAAAUCUAAUGAAACUCUAAAUAAUUUGAGUCAAGGUCAUAACUCAGAUGUGGAAGAUGCAGGUGGUGUCGGAGAGGAAAUUAAAAACACAAUGCAAAAAAUUGAAGGUAAAGCCAAAGAGAUAACAAAUAAAAUUGACACUAAAGCAGAUGAAGUUGAUGUAACAGUAAAAAAUAUAGUCAAGACAAAUAUGGCGAAGGUUAAUGACGCGGCAAAUGAGAUGAAAGUUGACUUGUCGCAGCAAGCAGCACAAAUAGAUGAAGAUAUUAAAACUGCAGAAACUGAGCUGAAAACCAACGCAGAAAAGGUAAGCGAAAACAUAACUGAUAAAAUGGAAAAUGCAGCCAAAAAAGCCGCAACGGCAGCCACCGACGUGCGUGAUACGGUAGAAACUGCAGCCAAACGUGCUGCGGCAGGUGCUCGUGAUGCCGUCGAAACGGUGGGUGACAACGCCAAGCGUGUGGCAAAUGACACCAAAACAACAGUUGAAAGUAUAGGCAGCAGUGCAAAACGGGCUGCAACGGGUGCUAAAAAUGCUGUCGGUAAUGUAUUUAUCAAAAUGUCAGAUGGCACUAAGGAUGCGGUUGACUCUGUGGCUGCUAAAAUUGCUAGCGAAGUGUCUGGUGCUAAGGAAAAUAUUAACACAAUGUUUCAAAGUAAGACAUUAAAGCCCACACCCGUGGAGGAAGAUGCAGUGUCAUCAGCGUCAGAGGCUGCAUCCAAGGGUGGACUAAAAACUAAUACAACCACCAAUGGUGAGGACGAUGAGCGCACAACAGCAUCGGUAAAUUCCACGCAAAACUCAACUGGCAAUCCCUUUGAAAGCAAUAAUCCAUUUGAAAAUGACGAAUUUGACGAUGUGGUUGAGCGUGGUAAGAAAGCAAUGCAGGAAGAGGUCAAUAACGUGCAUCGACAAGUAGCUGAAGAGGUAAAAGAUGCGGAGAAGGAAACAAGUAAAGUGCGCAAAUUUUUCAGUGAAAUGCGAGGCAUAUCUUGCCGCAAUGAAAAAUCGGUAGCAGUUGAUGAUGAUCCGCCACGUUAUUCCGUAGAGGAUCAGUUUCCUACACCAGCACAUCGUAACCGGGAGCAAAAUAACACAUCGAAAGUAUGCUCAAUAUUAUAAAUAUUUUCGGCUAAUCUUACACACACUAAGAUAUGAUUGCAUUUCGAAUUUGUUUACCUAUAAUUAAACUAUAACUGAAAAUACUGAUAUAAAAUGUUUAAAUAUAUGGAAA